GAGAUCUGGUCACACAGCAACAAAAACGAUACUGGAGAGUGGCCCGGGUUUGUGGAAAACAAAACAAAAUAUACAAUUUGAUCGUACCAUGCAUACCGUGUACGCACUGCUUAAGAACAAGCUGAGCGAUGUGCAUCCGCUGCACAACAUCGAUCUGGAAAGGGAUGUGGCGUAUUUGAAGGAGCUUGUGACCAAGGAGCUGCAAUUGCAGUUCGACGCCAAUGAAUUGGAGAUCAUUCAUCACGGAAAGGUGCUGGAGGAUGCGGACACCCUCAGCCGUUCGCUACAGCCCAAUGCUGUGAUUCAUUGCUUUCGAAAGACCAAGCGAUAUACCCCGUAUGUGCCACCAGUGAGUUCCGAAAUCAACACAAAGCACAUCCAGGAGCUGUUCUCGCUGACGUCGCACCUUCAGAUUAGCGUCACUUCGCGUUUCAACAUCCUACAAAAGAUUCUGGCGGAGUAUCCGGAAUUCAGGCGCAAUUUGGGAGCCCAAGCUUUGAUCAGGGAUUCGGUGCUUUUUAAUAUGCUGCACGAGCCAGAGGUGGUCCAGAAUCUGGUCCGCGACUAUCCGCUCAUCUGUGAGGCUGCCCCAUAUAUUGUAGAUACCAUUCGCAAGGAAUUGGCCAGGAACAGCUCAGCCACGCAGUUCCAAGAACAAGCUGCCUCAGAAUCAACAACUUCAUCGGAGGAGGAAAACUCGCUCGGGGCCGGAAGCAGUAGCAGCGGCGGCAGUGGCGGUACCGCUGUGGCAGCAGCUGCGGCUGCCAACCGACGUGAUGAGAUGGCCAACAUCCGACAAAUUAGUCGCCAACAGCUGGCGAAUGCCUUAGCUAAUGUGACCUCGUUUAAUUCUCUGUCUAAUAUUGCCCAACGAAAUGCUGAUGAGGCCCUGCAUGGCGAUGAGAGACCAAGGACCAGUUCUUCGGCGCCACUGGUCGGUUCUGUUCCAGGAGCCGGGGCCGGAAGUAGCAGCGGAGCCACUGGCACUAGUUCCAUCACCUCGGAGCUGUUUCGCAAUGAGCUGGCCCGUGCGUUUCAGUCUCUAUCGCAACAGCAACCAGCGGUAGAAAAUAUGGAGGUUGAGGCUGGUGGAGGAGCAGCCGCCGCUGCAGUAACACCUUCCGACGCUGUGGAUGACGAUGAUGAUGGUGAUGGGGGAGACGACAGCGAUGUGUUGCCACGCUGCUAUCGCCGCCAUCGCUUUACCGAACAACUGCGCACGAUGGCCGCCAUGGGCUUCAUCAAUCACACCCAGAACGUCAACUAUCUCACCUUGGCAGAUGGGAACGUUGAGCACGCCAUCAACCUACUAAUGCUGGGGAUGAACUGAAGAGGGGUCCUGAACCUGGACUGGGAUCGGGAACAGCUAACCAACUGAACUGUGCUUAUUAUACGGACUUAUAUAUUUAUUCUGCUGCUGCUGCGUUUGAGGAUUCUGAAGCAUUCAACUCCCAACAUAAGCAAGGAAUAUCUCACGAGAACUUAUAAUUAUAAUUAAAAAAUACGUUUAGAGGA